AUGCAAUUGUCUAUGCGGAUGAUGUUCACACCAAAACAUCAGAAACUGGUCAAUCAAUGUUAUCCUACAGGAAGAACCACCGAUAAGAAGCCCAAGUCUUCAGAAACUUCAUAUUUGCUAUAUUAUGUUAAUUCUAGACGUAGCAAAUUGGAAAAGGUCAGUACUUACUUAAUUAAACGGUCCAUUUCUGACCUAAACCAUCGUCGUAUAGGAAAUAUCGCUGUCACAUUAGAUCUGAUGAGUAGAAUUGUGCUGCAUUGUAGGGAAAAUUUGAACGUGUUUGUCAAAGACUUUUUGUACAUUAUGAACAAAGUUCUUUCGAAUAACAAUUUCAACAACGAUGUAUCCGUCGUGGAAUUAGUAGAACUAGCAUUCGGUAGCAUAUGUCUGAAUUUGGACGACGUCUUGUGCAAUGGUGAUAUGGAAUUCGUCCAGUUAUAUCAAAGUUUUAUUGACCUAUUCUUCAAAAUAGUCGCUGAAAGAAUUCAUAACGAUGAUAUGCUUUUGAAAUGUUGUAUUGAUAUAUCAAACACAAACAGUGUCUCAAGUAAUCCUCAACUGAAUCACUUUGUUUCCAAAUCUGUUGCGUACAUUAUUUCCAAAUUUCAAGAGAGAAAUCCCAAAUUCAAAACCCUAUCAUUGGAACCAGCUGUUGACAGUAAUUUAGGCAAAAGACUAAGUCGAACACAAACUCGGACAAUGGGAUUAGAUAAAGUUGCCGAUGGCAAUGAUGAUCUCUCUGUAAGAGCUUUACAAUCUUAUUUUAACACGACUGAAACAGAUAAAUUAAACCUAUCCAUUCGCACUUUGUUACGUUGUCUGCAAAACACGCCUAAUAAGGAGCUGCUAGAAUUUAUAUGUAAUGGUAUACCCGUUCAGCUUCGAUAUAUCGUUAUUCUCCUUUUAGUCAGGCAGCUAAAUGACAAGGAUAAAAAAGUGGAUCCGAUCGUUUCUUUAAAAUUGAUGUCAUCAUUACUUGUUUCUGAUGUCAGUAUAGUGGGUUUAAGUGUUCUUGAUGUGAUGAGGAAGCUUUUAAAUUUUCAGUUGAAAAAUGCAACUGAUAAGGAAGUUGUGGAACAAUCUUGUAUUACCAUGACAGAUCUCAAUCAUAAAACUUAUUAUGCCGAACAGACUUCAGAUAUGUUAUAUGAACUACUGCUAAAGUUGAAAAGUGACACUAUUAAUGAAGUAGAAAAUAAUGCAGUUGUGGAAGACGUUGAUUUUCUAGUUGAACGUAUUUCGCAGCCAAGUAUCAGUUUAGAACUGUUCAUUGACCUGGCCCAUUACAUGAAAAAUCAUAUUAUAUGUUUGUUUACCAUUGUGCAAACUGAGAUUCCAACUGGAUUCGUCUUUUCGAAAUUGUAUUCAUUAUUACGUGAACUGGAUUCACAUGGUGUGCAAAAAGAAAUGAUGAAAGAGAUCUUUGAUAAAUAUGGCAAAAUGGCACUACUGUCCGGUUUGCAUUAUUUCUUGGAGAACUUUUCUGAGCCUGAAUAUACUUAUUAUUUGUACCAUUUGCAAGCGGCCAACUUCCUUAAACUAAAUGACUAUAAAUCGCAAACUGAAUACAAAAUGCAGACUAAAAUGUUGUUUACCAGGGAAGAUUUAUUAUCCUACUAUUCUGAUACAGGAUCAAAUAAGUAUAGCAAGAGGGGAGCACAGAUCUUAAUGUCUCGUGAUAGCCAGAUUUCUACUUCUGAUCUACUAUCGGACCCUCAGGUUCGAACUACAUCUUUAGAUUAUAGGACUGCGCCUAAUGCGAUUCUUUCAAACAACAAUGCAAUAUCCAGCAAUAAAGAUUUUGCUAUAAAACAAAGCAGAUUUGACAAUAGUAUAGAUGAUAAUAUAGACGAGGGUAAUGAUACUGUCACUUCUGAUGCUAAUGUAAAGGGUAGUAUCUAUAGAUUUGUUGCUGACGAUGCUAGAUCGUGGAAAACAAUGAGAGCUACUGCACCAAAAGUCAGCGACCUAAAAAAAACGAUGAAUGAAAGAAAUACUCUAAAUAGUGUGAAUAGAGAUGGGUCCGUCCGGGGUUCUCAAUCAGUGAAAUCUCGCGUCACUAAUAUUACAUUUUUAUUAAGUGAAUUAAAGACUUUUUCAGAGGACGCUAAUAAAAUCAAAGAUCCUGAUGAAGAAAAUAUUGUCGGUCUAGAUAAAAUUGACGUUGCUAGAUCAAAUUCUCUGCGACUCGCACCAAUAUCUAGUCUUUCCGAUCGAAGCAGCAUCGGAAAUAGAAGAUCAUUAUUACAAAAAACGCCAGUCAAUGAAGAUCAAUUCGACGACUUUAAAGACGCAAAUGAAGACUUACAUUCCUUGAGCUCAAGAGGUAAAAUAUUUUCUUCGACCUGA